AUGCCCGCCGACCUCGUGACUCGCAUCGCUGGUGUAGAUGAUAGCACGAUUCAAAGGGGCACCUGGUUUAAAUUUGCAAACCAUGAUCCUAGCGACGACGAUGAGGGUUUUGAUGAGGGGUCUAAUGAGGGGUCUGAGGUAGGCGUCAGAUCUCUGUCUGAUAGUUCCUACGACCGUGGGAGCCCAGCCUCUGAGAAAUCCGGGCUCUUGAGCAGAGAAAUCGCAGAGAGUAAAGAGGAGCCCGAUACACCAGAAGCCAUUGAGGUACCCGAAGCUGGACCCGUGCCACCAGCGGGGGAAGAGAUUUCGCACUCUUCGAAGAAGAAAGAUAGGAAGUUCAAAGUUACUGCGAAACGGGCUCUAUAUGAAGAUUAG